UAUAGAUCCAUUAAAAUCUACAUCACCUGAUAAUCAACCAACUAUUAUAAAUGAUACAAUACCAAUAUUUUCAAUUCGAAAAAUUUAUAAAAACUUAAUUUUACUUUCUCUAUCAUUUAUUAUUUUAUUUACGGCUUAUAAUGGUAUGGUAACACUUCAAUCAAGUUUAAAUACAAAAAAUAAUGUUGGUGUUAAUUCUCUGAUUAUAACUUAUUCUUUUUUGAUCUUUAGUUCUAUAGCUCUUACUGGUGUUUGUAUGGAUUUAUUUGGUCUUAAAUUUACGAUAAUAAUUGGUGCAAUUGGUUAUAUAUUUUAUAUAGCUGCUAAUAUAAAACCUUUACCAGUACUUAUGUAUAUCAGUGCAGCUCUUGUUGGUUUAGCUGCUGCUCCAUUAUGGACAGCAAAAGCUACAUAUCUUAAUCAAAUAGCUCGUUAUCAUGCUCAACAUAAAAAUCAAAGUCAUGAAAUAUCCGUUAGUUUAUUUUUUGGUAUAUUCUUUGCAUUAUUUGGUACAAAUACAAUUUGGGGUAAUGUAAUAUCAUAUUUUGUACUUAAUCAAUCUAGUGUUGCACAAAAAAUAAAUUGUGGAGUUCAUUUUAAUCCUACAUCAGCUUCACCAACAAAUACAACUCAAAAUGUAGAUGAUACAACACGUUAUAUUCUUUGUGGAAUAUUUACUGGAAUGGGUUUAUUAUCAAUGUUACUCUUAUUUUUAACACUUGAUUCAAUUGCAUUAACUCAAAAACAAACUAUGAAACAAUUAUUAAAAAAAAGUCUUGAAGUUCUUCUAUCAUUAAAAGAAUGGAAACAUAUUGAUCAAUUUUUUCUCAUACCAAUUACAAUGUGGACAACAAUUGAAACAGCGUUUUUAACUGCACAAUUUACUCGAGGUUUUAUAACUUGUCUUAUUGGUAUUCGGUAUGUUGGACUUGUUAUGGUAUGUAAUGGAAUAUUUCAAGCAUUGAGUAGUUAUAUCUUUGGACGUCUUGUUAAAUAUACAGGACGAAUAUUUGUAUUUUCUAUUGCUGCUUUAAUUAAUUAUGCUAUGAUUAUAUUAAUGUUUCUUUGGGAACCAAAAUCAAGUCAAAUGGUUUUAUUAUUUGUAAUUGCUGGAUUUUGGGGAAUUGCAGAUGCAAUUUGGCAAACACAAGUUAUUGCUACUUAUACAGUUCUUUAUUCGGAUACUGAUCCAAGUGCUUUAGCAAAAUAUCGUUUAUGGAAAGCAAUUGGUUUUGUGAUAACUUAUAGUUAUUCUAGUUAUGUUACGAUUCGAACUUCUCUUAUUCUUCUUCUUAUUUAUUUAUCUAUAAUUUAUCGAUUUUUAACCAAGGAUUUAUUUGAAUAUUUACAUAAAUUGUUUGUCGAUCGAGGUUAUUCAUUCGAUGAAAAUAAUCAAGAUAAUUCAGAUAUAAAUUUUUCAAUUGAUGAUGCUAUUGUACAACAUUUCUCUACAUUAGUUACUCUUCAUGGACAAACAUUAUAUAAAAAAAGUCCAAUUAGACAAGUAACACUUGAAUCAAAUACGAAAGUUUUUUUCGAUCAAAUGGGAGACAAUAGAAUUUUAUGUAUGACCGAUGAUUCAUUUGAUUCAAUUGUGGUACUAAAAACAAUCAAUUUAUUCAAAGCAUUAGUUCAAUUUCAUUUAGGUGCAUUACCAUUUACGUAA